GUGAAGCAAAGUCACCACAAAACUCCCACUCAAUCAUGUCAUUAUUUGUGUGUAUAUAUAAAUACCUAAUUUAACCAUAACCAUAACCAAAACACACAAACCUCACCAAAGAAAUGGCAAUCUUAAAGUAUUGGCUUAUCACUAUUUUCUUAAUUUUCUCAUCAACACAUUGCUUUGCUUUCUCAAAUUCUUCAUCAUCAUCUAUCCAAGAGGAUUUCUACAAGUGCAUAUGUUUGAACUCAAAUUUCUCUGCCCCCUUCUCCACAGCUUUCUUCACCCCUAGCAAUGCUUCAUUCCCUACCGUUCUCGAAUCCACCGCCCAAAAUCUCCGGUACCUGGUCCCGUCCGCCCCAAAACCAAAACUUAUUUUCAAGCCACCCGCCGAGUCCCAUGUCCAGGCCGCGGUCAUUUGCGCGAAACAACUCGGCGUUCAGCUCAGAGUCCGGAGCGGGGGCCACGACUACGAAGGCCUCUCUUAUGUUUCUGGAAUGGAACCGCCGUUCGUCGUCCUUGACCUCUCUAAUCUGAGAGAGGUCAAGGUUGACGCCGCGGCUAACAUUGCCUGGGCCCAAGUGGGCGCCACUGUCGGGGAGGCAUAUUACAGGAUUUCACAGGAGAGCGGGAAUCUGGGCUUCCCGGCGGGUCUGUGUUCCAGCCUGGGAAUCGGGGGGCACAUAACCGGAGGAGCGUACGGUCCGAUGAUGAGAAAGUACGGUCUCGGAGCUGACAACGUUGAAGACGCUCGGAUUGUGGACGCCAGGGGGAGGAUUCUGGACAGGCAAGCCAUGGGAGAGGAUCUUUUCUGGGCGAUUAGGGGCGGUGGCGGUGGCAGCUUCGGAAUCAUACUGUCGUGGAAGCUCAGCCUCGUUCCCAUGCCUUCUGUGGUGACCGUAUUCACUGUCCCCAAAACCCUGGUGGAGGGCGCCACCGGAAUCCUGUACAAAUGGCAAAAUGUGGCCGAUAAGCUCCCGGAAGAACUGUUCAUCAGGGUGGUCAUAUCGGUGGUCAAUGGUAUAUUGGGAGAGAUUUGUUUCAUUUUGUGGCUUUGAGUUUGGCCGGUUCUUUUGACACCAUGCGUUAUGGAUUAUGACACCAAGCCAUUUCGGGAUUUUACUAUCCAAGACCGUUCUACCCCUAAACCCU